GAUUGUAAAAAGGGAAAAGAUUGAAGCACAAGAGAAGAGAAGAGAGGAGAGGGGGGGAGAAGGGGUUGCAGAGAGAGAGAGAGAGAGAGAUGUCAUCAUCUUCAGACCUGGACAGGCAAAUAGAGCAGUUGAAGAGGUGUGAGCCUCUUAAGGAGUCUGAAGUGAAGGCGCUUUGCCUCAAAGCCAUGGAAAUCCUUGUCGAAGAGAGCAACGUUCAAAGGGUCGACGCCCCUGUCACCAUAUGUGGUGAUAUUCACGGUCAGUUUUAUGACAUGAAGGAGCUUUUCAAAGUAGGAGGGGAUUGCCCCAAAACUAACUAUUUGUUUCUGGGGGAUUUUGUUGAUAGAGGGUUUUACUCGGUUGAAACGUUUCUGCUUCUGCUCGCUCUUAAGGUGAGGUAUCCGGAUCGGAUAACACUCAUUAGGGGAAACCAUGAAAGCCGUCAGAUCACCCAGGUGUAUGGAUUCUAUGAUGAGUGCCUUCGAAAAUAUGGUUCAGUCAAUGUCUGGAGAUAUUGUACCGAUAUAUUCGACUACUUAAGCUUGUCCGCUCUAAUUGAAAACAAGAUUUUCAGUGUUCAUGGUGGUCUUUCUCCUGCCAUUUCAACACUGGAUCAGAUACGAACUAUUGAUCGGAAGCAAGAAGUACCUCAUGAUGGUGCCAUGUGUGACCUUCUAUGGUCAGAUCCUGAAGAUAUUGUGGAUAACUGGGGUCUUAGUCCCCGCGGUGCUGGUUACUUAUUUGGUGGCAGUGUUGUUACUUCCUUUAACCACUCAAAUAACAUUGACUAUAUAUGUCGUGCACAUCAGUUGGUAAUGGAAGGAUAUAAAUGGAUGUUCAAUAACCAGAUAGUUACUGUCUGGUCAGCUCCAAAUUAUUGCUACAGAUGUGGCAAUGUAGCUGCAAUUCUGGAGUUGGAUGGAAAUCUUAAUAAGCAGUUCCGGGUGUUUGAAGCUGCUCCACAGGAAUCAAGAGGAACACCUGCUAAGAAACCAGCACCAGAUUACUUUUUAUGAAGUGGAUUUCUUUGUUUCUAUAAUCUACAUGCUCAAAUUGAUGUGGGAAACUUGAAUCAAGGAGAUGAUGAUGUCUGACUUGGGAGGAAUCAGUGAAGGACAAAUCAGUUCUGGAGGCAGGAGUUCUGCAUCCCAUCCGUCUGCUUCAACCAUCUUUAGUAUCAUAGCAGUAUUGUGAAUUUGUAUGUGAUUUGCAAUAUGUUGUUAUUACCUUUGUUCAUUCGAAAGCUGUGAUGGACAGAGGGUUUAGAGGGAAAAUGACGUUUGCAUAUAUGAAAACUUGAUUAGGACGGAUUGGAUUGGAUUAGGGAAUAUUGGGAAAUAACUUUCCAAAUAUAUAAUCUGUGGAAAAAACCCACUGGUUGAGUUUUGAUUAUAAAGUUUGGGCCAUAAAAUUUUAUUUUCUUCAAUUUAUGUAGUUCGUGUAAAUGUAUUAUUGCCCAAAUUUUAAACCUGGUGGUUGGUACUGAAAUAUUGCCAUGCCGGAAUUUGAA